AUGGAUGAAGUCGAAGAAGGAACAGAAGAUGCUGAUGAAACUGAGGAAGUCUUCGAUGACUACCUGUUGUCAAAAGACGGGUCGAGAAAAGUCAUUAAGGCACCUCAGAGACUUGGUUAUGCAGACCUCAUAACUUAUGCAUUAAUCUCCGCCAGUGAUGUUCUUGAUGAUGAACCUAAAUAUUAUAAGGAAUUUUUGAGGAUUCUAAAUAAGAUUGAAUGGAUGAAGGCCAUGGAUGAUGAGAUGAAAUCUCAUCAUGAUAACCACACUUGGGAACUAAUCAAGAAACCUGCUGGAGCUAGGUUAGUUAGCUCCAGCGUCGAUGUCGAAGAAUUAUUGAAGGUCAAGGCUGGACUCAGUAAGGAGUUCGAGAUGAAGGAUCUUGGUAAAGCUACCAGAAUUCUUGGGAUGGACAUCAGGAGAGAUAGAAAGCAGUUGAGAUUAUGCUUAUCUCAAGAGGCAUACUUGAAGAAGAUUCUUGAUAAAUAUGGUAUGUCGAAUUCAAAGCCUGUUGUGACUCUGACAAAUCCUCAAUUCAAGCUGAGUAUUAAACAGUGUCCCAGUACUGAGAUUGAAAGAACUUAUAUGAGUAGCAUCCCAUAUGCUAACAUAGUUGGUUAUUUGAUGUAUGCCAUGGUCUGUACAAGACCCGGCAUAGCAUAUGCAGUAAGUCUUGUAAGCAGGUACAUGGCAAGCAGUAAAGUGGAUUCUAAGUGUUGGCGGGAAGCAGGUUUGUCUUCUAUCAUUGAGCCUCGUCUACAAGAUUUUAGUGAUGCUAAAUCUCUUAUUCUUGAUGUUUAUAGUAGAGAAGAUAGGAAGGAUGCAGGGCGUUUUGCUAUGAUGGUAGAAGUGAUUUGGAAGAACCGAAACAAUAUAGUAUGGAAUAAUGAAAGGGAGGGGUUCUUUAGAUUAGGCUUGCAGGCCUAUUUUAAUUGGCAGGAUUGGUUCGCAGCCCGGGAUAAUCAUGAAAGGAAUGCUAGUUGUAUGUCUUCUAUAGAAGUUGAGGCUUUAGCUUUGAAAGAAGUUGUUCAACAUAUUACCAUGAAUUUGGAUCAUGUGAUAUUCGAAAGCGACUCUCAAGUGGUAAUUCAAGGCAUUCAUUCUACAGCUACUGGCACAAAGGGAAUAUGUAAGAAAUUGGACACAGCCAGACAACACGUUUCGGAGCGGAAUCACAAUUAUUUCUCCGCCCUUAAGAAACGCUUGACUUCUCUGUUGGUGAAAGACGAUUUGUUUUGGAAGCAAAGAGCCAAAGCCCAUUGGUAUAAGGACGGUGAUCUAAAUACAAGGUUUUUUCAUGUUACUGCUACUGUUAGGAAAUCCACCAAUACUAUAAAAUCUCUUACCAAUGAGAAUGGCGAAGUUAUCCAGUCUACUGAAGGGAUGUGUUAUUUGGCUAAUGAGUAUUUCACUGACUUAUUCCAAAAGAAACCAAGCUCCCGGGACCGCGUUCUACAAGCUAUGGACAGUGUUAUUUCGGAAGAAGAUAAUAAUAUGCUUACUGCUGGAUUCUCUUUGCUUGAAUUUAAAGAUGUUAUUUUCUCGAUGCAAGCUGAUAAGAGUCCAGGCCCCGACGGUUUUAAUCCCAGUUUUUAUCAUAGCUUCUGGGACACGUGUAGUAAUGAUAUCUUUACAGCAGCAUGUGAAUGGCUUGAAACAGGUGCUUUUCCACAAAACCUUAAUAAAACCAACAUUGCUCUUAUUCCGAAAGGUAAUAUCCAAACCACCAUGAAAGAUUGGCGUCCGAUUGCCUUGUGUAAUGUUCUUUACAAAGUUAUUGCAAAAGUUCUCGCUAAUCGUCUCAAGAAGAUCUUAAGUAAAUGCAUAUCAGAGAAUCAGUCAGCUUUUGUUCCCGAGAGAUCUAUCUUGGAAAAUGUUAUGGCUGCUAUAGAAGUGAUUCAUCAUAUGAAGACCAAAACUAGAGGUAAAGUUGGAGAGAUAGCUCUUAAGCUUGAUAUAAGUAAAGCUUGUGACAGAAUUGAUUGGGAUUAUUUGAAAGACAUUCUUAUCACUAUGGGUUUUUGUCAAAAAUGGGUAGGUUGGAUUAUGCUAUGUGUUGGAACGGUGGAGUAUUCAGUAAGCAUGAAUGGUCUUACUGCUCUUAUUAGGAAAGCUGAAAAUAGAGGUGAUAUCCAUGGUGUUAAAAUUUGUAGAAAUGCUCCCAUAAUAUCUCAUCUAUUGUUCGCCGAUGAUUGUUUUCUCUUCUUCAGAGCUAAUAUGGAAGAAACAAAUGUUAUGAAGGAUAUUCAGCCACUUAUGAGGAAGCAUCCGGGGGUUCAACAGGUUCUGAGCACCGGAAAUUAUCUCGGUAUUCCUUCUAUGAUUGGUAGAAGUAAAAAAUCAGCGCUUAAUUUUAUUAAAGACAAAAUUUGGAGGAAAAUCAAUUCUUGGGGCAGUAGAAGCUUGUCGCAAGCAGGGAGGGAAACUAUGAUUAAAUCUGUUUUGCAAUCCAUUCCGACUUAUAUCAUGAGUAUUUUCCUUCUUCCUUCUUCUUUAAUUGAUGAGAUUGAGAAGUUGUUGAACUCGUUCUGGUGGGGCCAUAAAAGAGAUAGAGCUAAAGGUAUUCAUUGGCUAUCCUGGGAUUGGUUAUCUAUGCCAAAAUGUGAAGGAGGUAUGGGGUUCAAGAAUCUAAAUGCUUUCAGUCUGGCCAUGUUAAGCAAGCAAGCAUGGCGGCUUGCGACUAAUACAAAUUCUCUCGUAUCCCGACUAUACAAAGCCAGGUAUUUUCCGAAUAGCAAUUAUCUAAGCUCAAUUAUUGGUGAUAAUCCUAGCUAUGUUUGGCGUAGUAUCUGGAACUCAAGAUUUGUGAUUAAGGGAGGUUUGAAAUGGAGCAUAGGGUCCGGUGAGGAUAUUUCGGUUUGGGGUGAGUAUUGGCUGGCUGAUGGUACUUCUCUGACCAAUCCUUGGCCUAAUGAUUUAGUGGUGAGUAAUCUUAAAGUCUCGGACUUGAUGAAUCUUGAUGGUAAAGAGUGGAACCAUAAUUUGAUUUAUGCGCUUGUAGGAGCAGAUACAGCUCAAAAGAUUCAAAAUACUCCUCUUUUUGAAGCGGUUCAUAAUGAUAAAUUGUAUUGGAAGCAUGAAUCUAAUGGAAAGUUCUCAGUUCGAAGCGCUUAUAGAUAUUGUAUCAAAGACGCUAUUGAUACCUCCCAUCUUAGAAUUAAUGGGUGCUGGAAUUUGCUAUGGAAUAUCAAGGUCCCUCCAAGAGUUAAGAAUUUCAUGUGGCGUUUGUGUAGAGAUUGUGUGCCUACUAGAAGGAGAUUAUUGGAUAAAGGUGUAAAUUGUUCCCCAAAUUGUUUAGCUUGUGGAGUAGGCGAAGAGAACAAUUAUCACCUUUUUCUCCAGUGUACUAAAAGCGUCGAGUGCUGGAAAAAAGUGGGAUUGUGGUCUAUGUUACAGCAACUCAGUGGUAAUGGCGAGUCAUUUGCGUCUGUUAUUUUCUCCGUUUUGCAGGUAUCCAAUCAAGACCAAAAAGCGGUUUUCUCAGUAUCCUUAUGGAGUAUCUGGAAAGGGAGAAAUAAUCAUCUCUGGAACCAGGUGGAAGACUCUCCGAUGCAUAUAUGUCAGAGGACUUAUCAGUUAUUGACCGAUUGGAGAGAGGCUCAGCAUCAGCGUCCCAACAAUGGGAUUAUAAAUUCCCCGUCAGUUGUUAUCAGAUGGGAAAAACCUCAGAGGGGCAGGUUCAAGUGCAAUAUUGAUGCAGCUUUUUCACAAAAUAAGGUGGGUUUGGGUGCUUGCAUUAGAGAUGAUACGGGUAAAUUCAUUGUAGCCCGGACUGAAUGGUUUACGCCGUGUACCGAUGUUGUUAUUGGAGAAGCCCUAGGUCUUUUGAAAGCUUUAAAUUGGGUUCAUGGUUUGGGGUACGACAAUAUGGAUUUUGAAUUAGAUGCCAAGCGAGUGGUGGAUAGCGUGACCAGUCUGAGACCAGAUGACUCGGACCUUGGAGCUAUUAUUGGAGAAUGUAACCGGUUGAUGGCUCUUUUCUUUAGGAACUCUCAUGUUAAGUUCGUACGAAAACAAGCUAAUGAGGUUGCUCAUGCUCUUGCACGGGUGGCUCCAUCUCUUGCUAGUUUUCAUAAUUUCUUUGAUAGUCCAGCAUGUAUUCAGAAUAUUAUUAUUAAUGAAAUGAAUUAA